AUGGCGGGUUGGGGUGCCGGAUUGGUGGAAACGCUGUUGCUUUAUCCGCAAAACAAAGUGAUCUUCCGUCAGCAGUUGCACGGUAUCACUGCAAUUCAGGUGUUCCGGCAGCUAAGAAGCGAGGGAUGCUGGUUGCUAUACAGGGGAGUGUUGCCACCGCUGAUCCAACGAACAACCACACGUUCGGUGAUGUUCGGCAUGUUCGAUAAACUUCAUCAUUUAUUUGGCUGUUCGGAAUGCACAUCUUCGACUGCACGUCUCUCGUGCUAUGCAUACGCUGCAUUUAUGGGUAAAACUAUAACUUCUUUCCAACUAAAAACUGGCACAAUGGAAGCUUUGUUAUGCCCACUGGAGCGGACACAAGUCCUUCUACAAAUACCGGAAUAUAAUCAUCGGUACCAGAAUACAGCCCAUGCAUUCGGCGAGCUUGCCAAGCUAAGAAGCGAGGGAUGCUGGUUGCUAUACAGGGGAGUGCUGCCACCGCUGAUCCAACGAACAACUACACGUUCGGUGAUGUUUGGCAUGUUCGAUAAACUUCAUCAUUUAUUUGGCUGUUCGGAACGCACAUCUUCGGCUGCACGCCUCUCGUGCUAUGCAUACGCUGCAUUUAUGGCUGGCACAAUGGAAGCUUUGUUAUGCCCACUUGAGCGGACACAAGUCCUUCUACAAAUACCGGAAUAUAAUCAUCGGUACCAGAAUACGGCCCAUGCAUUCGGCGAGCUUGCCAAGAUUGGGCUGAAAGAAUUGUAUCGUGGGUUUACGGUGAUUUUAUGGCGGAACGGUUUAAGCAACGUUCUUUUCUUCACGCUCAGGAAGCCACUACGUGAAAUUAUCGUCUCCAACGAAGAUUCCAUGUCCAGCGUCAAUCAGAGGCUGCCAAAUCAAUUGAUGGUAUUUGUUGGAAAUUUCAUAUCUGGUGCUUUACUUGGUGCUUUCAUAUCAACGUUAUUUUUCCCGGUGAAUGUUGUCAAGCAACGAAUUCAAAGUACAGUGAACACACCACAUGUAUCAGCUCGAGUUAUGUUUCGAAUUAUUUGGCAAGAACGAAAUGGCUCGAUGAAGGAGCUUUUCCGCGGUGCCACUCUCAACUAUACGAGGUAG